AUGUACCAGCCUGGAGGCGUCACAGAGCCCCGGAUGUUCCGGCCUAGAACGCGGGGGUCGGUUGCCGUGGAGACGGCUGCGGCGGCGGCGCGGGGGGAGGGAUCGCGCAGGAGCGCAUGCGCAGGCGCGCGCUGCGACGCCGGCGGAGACUCCGUGGAGCUCGAGGCAUCCGGACGCCAGCUCGCUGGUGGCGUGUGUUUGCACCUGCAGCGUCGGAGUGACCGUGGCCGGUGUCUUCCGAGAGACCACAGUCCAGUGGCUUCUCCUAGACCUGGCUGCGCAGUCGGAGGCUUGAUCCUGCUACAUCCGAGGCACGAGCGUCACCCAGCACGUGAUCUCCCUUUGGGGACCUCGGCAGUCCAGGCGCAUCUCCUAGACUCGCAGCUCCAGGAGGGGUCAGCGCCCAGGGUCCUCCCCACACCCCUGAGCAUGGCCGCGAUGAACCUGCUGGAAGAUUGGUGCCGGGGGAUGGAUAUGGACAUCCACCGGGCCCUGCUGGUUGUGGGCAUCCCUGUGGAGUGUGACCAGGCAGAAAUCGAGGAGACCUUGCGGGGGGUCUUCACCCCUCUGGGUCCCUACCACGUGCUCAACAAGAUAUUCGUGAGGGCGGAGAACACCAAAGCCGCCUUGGUCGAGGUGGGCGAGGGCGUGAAUCUGAGCACCGUCCCCCGGGAGUUCCCUGGAAGAGGGGGUUCCUGGAGAGUGGUCUGUCGGGACCCCACCCAGGAUGCGGAGUUUCUGAGAAACCUGCAUGAAUUCCUGGAGGUCGAAGGGCGCACCAUGGAGGACGUGAUCCGCCUGCUGCACCCCAACCGCCCCUCACGGCCCUUGAGCCGGAAUGUGCGCCACGAAAAUUGGGCCGAAGCUUUGGGGGCUCUCCUGGGGGCCGUGGUGCAGAUGCUCUACCACAUGGAUGCGGAGCUUCGCAGUCGAGAGGAGGCGAGGGCGCAGGAGUUGGUGGUGGCUGAGGCCGUGGCAGCCUGCACUUCCGAAGGAGGAAGGCAGAUCAAGAAGGAGCCUGGACCCGCGUCCAAGGCCAGCUGUAUCCUGAAGCUGGAGGAGGGCAGUCGGGGUGACCUCAUCGAUGAGGCCCCUCAACCCCUUGCUCGCAGGUCAGGGCCCAAGAAUGCCUCCAAGAGAAAGAAGCAGAACACAGCCUCCAAGCAGGAACGAAGGUUCUGGAAGAAACCCAGCAGUGAGGUCUUCUAUGAAGACUCCGACGGGGAUGAGGCUGAUAAGUUGGAGACCUCAACCCCCAAACCAAGUGUGAAGCAAGAGGAGGCAGAUCUUAAAAAGUCCAGGGUGAAAUACGCCCGACGGGUUCGCAGACCCCGGCCCCAGGAGACCUCCAGCUCCUCCUCCUCCUCCUCCUCUUCUUCUGAAGAGGAGAACUUGGGAGGUACCUCAGAGUCAGGCCAGGAGGUCCCCCCAAAGAAGAAAGCCAUGGGUUUGGGCUCGAGGAAGAGGCUCGCCCCUAUGAGGAAGAAGAAGAAGCUGAGCUUGGGCCCCGUCUCCGGUGACCCCAUGGAUGUGGAAGACGCUGUGAAGUUGCCCGAGUCUCCAAAGAAAGAGCCCGAGACCCCUGGAAGCCCAGGGGAUCUUUCUGGGGAGACCCUGGCCUCUGGGUCCUCGGGUCCCGAGGUCAUGACGGAAGGUUCAUCUCAAACGUCCAGUGACAAGAAUGACCAGAACGGUCACCUGGAGGGUGGGAAGAGGUGGGAAGCAGAGGAUGAGUCCCCUAAAGGGGAGGGAGAGGCAUUGUGUGAAACGGGUGGCAAGGAGGGCUCCAUAGCGUCAGAAGAGGCGACUGACGCAGUCGUGGAGGGUGUAGGUGGGAACCCCACACUUCCUCCCUCUCCCAGCAGCAGCUCCUGA